AUGGUUGAGACGAGCAAUUCCACACAAAAUGACAACCCGGCCACCGAGCCGGUUGUCCCCAAGACCGAGCCGUUGCCUGAAGGCUCGAUCAGCUCGGCGGUGUCAACACCUGAGGCCGAGGGGGAGAUUCUGAUGCAAGAUGUGACCCAGACUCAGAAGCGCAAAGGGGGAAGAAAACCAAUCUAUGCUACCUCGGAGGAGCGGAAGCAACGCAACCGCCAGGCCCAGGCUGCCUUCCGUGAGCGUCGCACAGAGUACAUCCGCCAGCUCGAGUCCACCAUUAAGCGCAAUGAAGACUCCCUGCAGACCCUUCAGCAGAAUCAUCGUAGCGCCGCUGAUGAAUGCUUGAUGCUGCGCUACAAGAACUCCUUGCUCGAACGUAUCUUGCUCGAAAAAGGAAUCGAUGUGCAAGCAGAGCUGCGACUGAAGGCCGGGGCCCCCGGCGCGGGCGCUGCUAAGCCCACCCCUAUGGCAGCGAAGCCUCCCUCCACCCUGGAGCGCGCUGCCGUAAACCGAACCUCGGCUCAACGGCAUCCUGGCAUCGCUCCCAAGGAGCCCUUUGGCAUGGCUCAACAUCGUGAUGGUGCGUAUGGUAUUCCGUCGCCACAAUUUCAGGCCACGCCUCCGUCCCAUGUCUCCUCCCCGUCCCACGCCAAAUCCCCGGGUUUUCCCUUCCAGGGAGCGAUGUCGCCAGUUGGGGUGGAUCCCCAGGCGCAGCAGCGCUCGCAGAUGCUGUCGCACUCGCGAAAUAUCAGCCAAACCUCGCCGCCGAUGAGCAUCGGCCAGCCGGAGUCGACCGACCCAAAGGCCGCCAUGCCGGGUGGUACGAAUCCCCGAGCUCCCCGCGUCCCCUCCGCGUACUACCCAUCGCCAUUCCAGAAGCACUAUGACCAACUGGAACAGGAGUAUGAUGCCCAGGCCGACAUGAUUGACGAGGAGCAUGAUUCCACCGUGGGCGCCUCGCCCUACGUCUCCGGCUACAACAAUCCCGCGUCUGUGCCGGCGGGCUCUCACCCCAUGGGGGCUCAUAAUCUCAACCAGUACACCCAACAUGCGGCAGAGGGAGCCAAUGGCGCCUAUAACAAUGCGAACCACCUCAUGGGGAACUAUGAACCUAUGUUGGAUGCCGAUCCAUUUGGAUUGAGUGCGAGCAUGCAUUUCCAGACUCCUUUCAGUUACGAGCAGAAUAAUACCCGCCAUUAA